UUCACGUGACUCUUUAAAGCAGGAUGACGGAAGUUGGUAUCGAAAUGCGGUGUAGGAGUAUGUCAGCAAUGGCCUUCGCUUCAGUUUUAUUAUUUAUAAUCUCAUUUCACAGCUGUAAUGCUCAAGUGCCACUGCUCAUGUGGACCAGUGAGGGGUACAGUUUGCCACAUCUGACCCAGCCACCAGCUGGCCAUGCAGUGUCUGUUGAAAAUUUCGUGUCUUAUUUAAAAUCUGCCUUGACCACUGCCCCACACAAUGUUUUACUCUUUCAACAAGAUAAGCUUAGCAUAGAUGACUUCACCGUUUAUGGUGGUGUGUUUGGGAACAAGCAAGAUAGUGCCUUUUUUAACAUAGAGGCAGCACUUCAGGCAUCAUCCAAUCCCCUGGUGUUGCCUUCUCUUGAAUGGUCAACAUCAGAUUCAGUAGCAGAACUCUUUGAGCGGGAGCUGAGCAUCCCGGUGGUCCACAUCAACCCGAGCACUCUGGAGGAAAUCAAGCUAAACCCAUCACAACCUUCACUGCUGGCUCUCCACCUUCCCUACACUUCUGGUGUUCACUCAAAGGAAUUGCUCCUAAAAAAUGAUAAAAUCAUAGGAGAGGUUCUCGCCAUGUUUAAAUCUCGUGGCGUACCUUACACGGCUGUAUACACCGGGUUGAAGCCCUCAACGGUCAUUCAGGAGACCCCAGUAAUGGUAGAAAGUUCUGUGGGACGAUCUUUACUUCAGGCACCACCACAGCCACCUGUAAAACCUCCAGUUAUAUUCAGCAACACAGAGGGAAAGCCAUGUAUCCUGCUCUGGGCUGACACCCUCAACGUUAAAAACACAGGGGAUUGGUUUGAUCUGGGCCCACAGACCUUUGGUGGUUCUGCCAACUUGACUAGUUCGUUUUGCACUGACACCCAUUCAAGUCUCGUCCUAAAUUACAAAAAUGUUAACGGGUUUCAAAACCUCAGGAUGAACUUUUCCAUGCGCAACAUCUUUUUUCCUGUGUCUGCUCGUAAGUGGAGCAUCUUGGAGAAGGUGGUGCUAGAGUUUGAUGAGAAGAAAGCGGUCUUUAAUGGUAGCGGUAUCUAUUCUCCUGCCGAAUAUUCCUUCCAUUGCCAGACCAUAAGCAGCACUGAGAGCCCCCUGCUGGUCCUUUUUGAAAGCGAUAUCCAGUGCACGCUGUCUUUUACCGAUUUUCAGAUCCAAGGUUUCGGUGUUGCGGGUGGGGAUUUCUCAUAUGCCAGUGAUUGUGCAGGUUUCUUUACUCCGGGGAUUUGGAUGGGUCUGCUCACCUCUCUGCUCAUGGUUCUGAUCCUCACCUACGGCCUGCACAUGAUCAUGCAAGUUCGCACCAUGGACCGCUUUGAUGAUCCAAAAGGCCCAGCUAUUUCAGUGCCUCAGUCUGAGUGAUUUGAGCUAGACAUUUGUUUGAUUUGUAUAAAUGUUAAUAAUUCCAGUCUGUUAUGUUGGUAAUCAGGAUUUCAUGGAUGUAGGGUACAUAUUUGAAUGUUUUUUAAAAAAAAGUGCAUUUUAAGGUAAAUGUUUAUUUCAGUUGCUUAUUGAAAGUGAUAAGCCAGUACAGUACUUCUCACUCGCUUUACAUGCGCAUGUUCAGUUUCAAAAGGUUUCGAAUAGAGUAGGCUAGUUUUAAAAACGUGUAUGCAUGUGCCUCUGUAAAACCAGCAUGGCACGACCAACAGACAGUUUUUUAUUUUAUUUUUAGGACUACUAUUAUUUAUCUCAUUGUCUUUUAAAUUUAAUGGUUUACCCUCUGCUGGAAUUGCGUAUUUGUAAAUUUGAGAUUUGCCAAUAUUUAAAUGUACUUCAAAGAUGCAUUGUAUGCAAGCGAAUUCUAGUUAAAAGGAAAUAAAUGGAUCAGGAAUUAGAAUCAA